CUGUAUUUCACCUUGACCAAACCUAUGCCCAGGAGCAUUGCAUUGCGAGGUCGACCAGCCUCCAGUCUUUGAAAUGUCAGACGUCGACUACGCAGAUUAUCACGACCCGGCUGCAGGCCAUCGCGGCGCACCGGACGACAGCUACGGCCCCUCCAACUCUCCGCCGCUAGAUGAUGACCACGACCAUGCGCGCGUACCCCGAGUCCCUAACCUUGGCAAAUCGCAGCAGUCGGCGCCUCUACACCACGCCUACGAUCCUCGUGACGGACGUCCCAUUCCACCGGGCUACGUUCCGCCGCAGCCGCCUCCUCCAGGCGCGGAGCCUCGCUACGAUCCCAGUUACUUCCCACCGCCGCCCCGACAAGAGCAUCAUGACGACGGAUACGGUCCCCCACCUUCAGACUAUGAUCACAGCGGAUACGACAAGCCGCCGGUCGGCGACCACGGCAAUCGCCCGCGCCGAGGCUCUCGUGGCCCGAACGAGAACCAAUUGACACCCUACGAUGAUGAAAAGGCGGAAGCCGAAUGGCGAAGGGGAGAGGACGAAGACGCACAAGGCCGUUAUGACCGUCGCCCUCCGGCGGACUACGACCGUCGCGACGACAGACGCUAUGACAGUCGGGAUCGCAGAAGCGAUGAUAGGUACUACGAUUACCGCCCGGAUUCACGAGAUCGUGGUGACGACCGCCGAGAUCAUCGUCCGAGGCGCAGAGGUGAUGGCAAGUACGAUGAAGCAAGCUCGAGCACACGCAUGAAGCGCAAGCCUGGGCCCGAUGUCUUUGGUGGCAGAGAAGGGCAGAAGGGCAUUGGCGCGCAGCUGCUUGGAGGGGCAGCGGGAGGGCUCAUCGGGCAUGAGUUGGGCGGCGGGCUGAUUGAAACGUUCGGCGGAGCCGUUAUUGGUGCAAUCGGGGCGAAAGUGGCGGAGGGCCAGCUCGAGAAGCGCAGGUCGAAGAAAGAGGCGGCCCUUGUUGGCGCGCCGUACAAAGAUCAAGCCAUCCAGGGCCGAGCGCGGAGUCACGGGCGCAGCACCCGCUCGCCGAGCAGGUACGAUUCGAGGGAGAGAGACUAUACGCCAUCGCCGCCCCGGAGGAGGGCUAGUAGGAGUCGGCGGGAUGAUUACAGCGACGAGUACUCCAGGUCGCCCCCUCCAAGGCGGUGAAGAGGGACAAUGACGCCCGAUCGACCUUUUCGACGUAUUCACGAGGACACGUUCACAUGAGUCAUGAUUGGUUCGCCAACGCGGUUGGCCAC